AUGUCAAACUAUCCUGAUAUUAGUACUGUACCAAACAGUAGUAAUAACUAUAAUCAUACACCGGUCGGUGCCUAUCCAAAUUUGAAUACUGAACAUGAUCCUAAUGCACCAAUAACUACCACUGCACCCAAUGAAGUUAAAGAGAAUCAUUAUGAAGGUUGGUUACAAAAGAAAGGAGCAAAAGGAUUGAUACAAACAUGGAAGAAGAGAUUCUUCAUUGCCAAUAUAGAUAGUAUCAAAUACUAUGCCGACGAGAAGCAGGUAGACUACAGAGGAAACAUCCUCUGGGAACACGUUACAAACAUUCAAUUCUCUACAUCUGCUGUUUGGAGUGACAAUAGAUACUUUGAAAUACAAACAAAUAGAGGUAGAGUUUAUUUCUUGUUUGCUGACGAUCAGUAUUUCUCGUUGAAUUGGAUCAAUGCGUUGAAAAAGAUACACGCCGCUUACAUUGUGAGAAGGGAUCACAUUAGACAGGCAGUCGAGAAGCAAGCGCAAGCAGAGCAGGCUAAGCAGGAGCAGUUGAACCAACAGAAACAGUAUGAAGAGCAACUGAUUCAACAGCAACAGCAGUUCCAAAAUAGUAAUUCACCGUAUCGCGAGUUCACCAAUUACAUUCAUCAGGGAUUCUCGCAUUUCGAUUCGAUUGGAACACCGAUUGCUUCGCCGCCACCCAUAGAUUCGUCGCUACACAUACCACCACGUCCACCAGGACCAUUGCGAACACUCGAUCACGAGACUGUCAAGUCUAUAGUGCCGUCCGAGGGUAAAGAUCUCGAGAUAUACUACGAGUCAACCACCUACUUUGCAAACAUCCUCAUGGCAAAGCCACAGAAUGAAUAUCACAUACUCGCCGCCUAUCUAAUUCUCGCCACUCUCGACUGGGACAACAAAAAGACACAACCACUUCCAUACCCAUGCACACCUCCCUAUGAAAGUGAUAUUGUAUAUCCAUAUUUUACAUAUUGUUUACAUUUAAUUAGAACUAUCGAUACUUUUACAAAGAAGAAGAGACAAAACUACUUGUUGAUAUUGGAAAAUGAAGAUAGAGAGACAUUCCUCAAUAGAAAUAUGUUGCUAUUGAGUUAUGCACUCAACUACACGGUGAUGGGUAACAAACUUGCUGUCAUUGAAGAUGCCAUUUUAGUUUUGAUCGACCGUUUCCUCGAGAACUACGAAUCACUGCCUUCCAUUAAGUACGGUGCCUUCCUCUGGAAGGAAAUCGAACAAGCCGACAAGAAUAACUCUUUCACUCCAUCCGAUAAAGCAAUGUUACAAUCAUUCACUCAUUCUUAUUUAUUAUAUCAAAAAUUACAUUUAGAGAAUAAGAAUAAUAAUAAAUUUAAAUUGGAUCCAAUCAUUACACAGAAAUAUGAAAAUGUCAGUCAUAACUUCUCGACUAUUCUACAUCAGUUGCCAAUAUUGACACCAUUCUCUGGACACAUUCAAAGAACCAUUGUAAAGAUAUUCUACUUGUGGCAUCGUGAUCUACCUCUAUGUGAAUCGACAUCCACUUUCGAGGUGUCUGUCUAUAGAAACUACAAGGUAUUCAUUAGAAUCCUCAGUAAAUUGGAUUCCAUUCAAUUCACUCAGUUGUUUAACUCUGUUAAAGAAGUUCAAGAAACAUUGUAUAGAAUUAUAGAAAGGAACAUUGGUGUAUUUGAUAUGAGCAAAGUUGAUAUUUCACAUCUACAAUCAAUAAUGUCAAAUAAAUAA